AUUUCUGCACAUCUGUCAGAUUUCUCCGCUGUGGGUGUAGUCUGAUGGAUCAACAUGUCUACCAAUAACAGCAUAGCCCAGGCCCGGAAGCUGGUGGAGCAACUGAGAAUCGAGGCCGGGAUGGAACGCAUUAAGGUCUCUAAAGCAGCAUCAGACCUUAUGAGCUACUGUGAGCAGCAUGCCCGUAGCGACGCCCUGCUGGUCGGGCUGCCCGCCUCGGAGAACCCCUUCAAGGACAAGAAGCCCUGCAUCAUCCUAUAGUCGCAAAUACACGCACACACACACACACACUCCAAAAAAAACAAAACACACACACACAUACCAUAUCAUACCGUACACACAUUGAACAUGCACAUAGACAAAACCCUUCCCUGUACUCGAUUUUGUUUACCAAUUAACAUAUGAACAAAAUAUACGCACACACACACACACGUACGUACCCACGUACGCACACUUGUCUCUAUCUUGCCUUGAUUGAUUCUGAAGAUAAGAUAUCUAUUUUUUGUAAGUGUUUUUUCUCUGAUGUGCCAUAUCUUAUUCUUUCUUGCACACGUAUUUGUUGGAUAU